AUUACGUCAUCGAGAGAGACUCUCUUCUCUGCAGUUUUCUUUCUGCCUAUCAUUUUCUUUGAAUCCCUCACUUCUUACUUUGCUUCAAAACGUUGUAAGGGAGAAUGUCAAGGACCCACUAUGGCGCUUGUAUUUUUUUAUGGAUUUUUUCCUUAGUGGCAUGUAAGGUUCCAGAGGUUCGCGUGACCUGCAUCUUCUCUGAGGACUGUGUUCUUCCCUGUUCUUACACGCCCACCAAUGAUGAUGUGAAGAUCCAGUGGUACCAGCAGGAGGCGCUCAUACUCAGUUUACAGCAGGCGGGAAAGCGUCUCAUCCAUGGCAACGUCAGCGUGGAACUGAUCAGCGACAGCAGCGUCUCUGAUGGCAACGCAUCGCUGCUUGUGAGACCAGUAGAUACGAGGAGUAGAGGACGAUACAAAUGUGUGGUCAACAAUGGAACUCUGGCAUACGCUGUUGCGACAGUGGAAGCUCCCAUCAGGUCGAUCUCUAUUGACAUCAAUCCCUCUGGGCUGAUCCAGUGCUCUACUAAAGAUGUCUAUCCAGCGCCGGUGGUGCAGUGGAGCACAGAACCCAGGUCAAGUCCUGCUGUUCUGCAACACAUCACCCACAUGGCUACUGGAGGAAGGGGCCUCUUUAGAGUGGAGAGCAUCCUAAAACAGCAAAACAACUGCCUUGAUCAUGUUUACGUGUGUAACAUCAGCUCCAGAUAUGGCACACAGACAUGGACAGCUUCAUUACAGCUGCAAGAAAUUACCGGCUUUGAAGGGAAAGACCUGGUUAUACCAAGUAAAGCUCCCAAGAAACUUCAGUCCUUCUCUCUGGUCUGGACUUUUACGGCAGCAAACAAAACCACAGAUAUCCUCACGUAUGACAGCCGGUCACGUAAAUCCAGCAGCUCCUGGGAUCACGCAGAAUUAAAGGAAGACAACGAAUUGAAGGGGGAUGUUUCACUAAGCCUGAAGAACCCUGGGUUGGAACAUUCUGGAAUUUACACAUGUACCUUCUUAGGAGCAAAGACAAGGCAUCUGGUACAGACCCGAGUUGUUAUUUCGUCCUCCAGAGAGGGAAAAGAUUGUCUUAAAUCUAAUAUGUGGAUGUUGGGUAUCUUCGUCGGAUUAAUCGUUCUUCUUGCACUCAUUUUAAUUAUAAAAAUAUACAAAGUAAAAUCCCAAAGAAAUCAAGACAACUAUCAAGAGGAUGUGGAAAUCCAAAGCAUGAGCACAGACAAAACAUCAGACCUGUGAGAACCUGAAGGAAAUAAACUUCAGCCUUCAGGUUCUCGCAGUUAGCCAUGGAAAGAAGAAAGAAGAGUAUUAUGAGAGAGAAACCAGUAUGGAAUACAAGUCGGAAGACCAGCUGAUGGACUUUAUUUCUAUACAAUCUUCUUUAAUUCUUAUUUGUGAGAAACGAUUUGGAAAAUGACAUAAGAAUAUGUAUUUUUUUUUUAAAUGGUAUUUGGAUUCAAUAUUUUUCGAUAAUUUAUUUUUAAAUAUAAAAUAAAAAAUAU